GAGUGAGUGAGAGCGGCGCCGCCCGUCGGUGGCAGGCGCGGCUGAAGCCUGCCGUUCCCGCCUCUCGCUCCUUGGAGCUCCUCCAGAGGAGGCGGGCGAGCUGCUCCUCUGGCCGCGUCCGUUCCCCAAAGAGGGGCUCCCCAUUCUCCACCGCCCGGGCUCCCCAUUCUCCACCCGCGCGCAGCGCCCCACUGCGGCACCCCGACUGGAUGUAGCCUCCCCAUCCCCGCUCGCGUCCUUGCUCGUCGCCCCGCAGCCGGAGCGGCGGCCAGCGGCUGCCUGCACCAUGGGCAGCGAGCAGAGCUCGGAGGCCGAGAGCCGACCCAACGAUCUGAACUCCUCAGUGACUCCUUCUCCAGCUAAGCACAGAGCCAAGAUGGAUGACAUUGUGGUUGUGGCUCAGGGCUCCCAGGCCUCGCGGAACGUCAGCAAUGAUCCUGAUGUCAUCAAGUUGCAAGAGAUUCCAACCUUCCAACCUCUUUUGAAAGGGCUAUUGAGUGGCCAGACUUCCCCAACAAAUGCCAAAUUGGAGAAAUUGGAUUCUCAGCAGGUGUUGCAGCUCUGCCUCCGAUAUCAGGAUCACCUCCAUCAGUGUGCAGAGGCCGUUGCUUUUGAUCAGAAUGCUUUGGUUAAGCGGAUCAAAGAGAUGGACCUUUCGGUAGAAACUCUCUUUAGCUUCAUGCAAGAGCGCCAGAAAAGGUAUGCCAAGUACGCGGAGCAGAUCCAGAAAGUCAACGAGAUGUCCGCCAUCCUCCGCCGCAUCCAGAUGGGCAUCGACCAGACGGUGCCCCUGAUGGAGAGGCUCAACAGCAUGCUGCCGGAGGGCGAGCGGCUGGAGCCCUUCAGCAUGAAGCCGGACCGGGAGCUCCGGCUGUAGCGGCUUCGCCCUCCCGCCAGGCGGCUGUUCCCUGGCCUCAGAGCCCGGCGCCACCGCACCCCGAGGACCCUGGGAACCAGCGUGGGGUGAUGGGGCCGGCUCGGAGCUGGUGGGAGGGGCUGUGAGGCAGCCCGCUGGCCUGGAAACCUCAUGUUGUCCUACCUCCCCCUUUCCUGGGUGCAGCUUCCUUUGCAAAAUGAACCAAACUAAUUCUCAGUGAUGCCUGAUGUCGGGACGGUUUUUUUUAGGAAUUCUUUCCAGAACUCUGCACUGGGAGUUAUUUUAUUUUGUUUAGCUUUUUUUAAAUUGAGAGUGUAUAUUAUUUAAUCUAGGUGUGGAGCGAAGGGGAGGGGUGUGUAUGCUAAGGAGCUCCGUGUCCUUGAUGCCUCCAUGAAAUGUUGUCAAGGCUCUGGGUUAUGGGUUGUAAACAUAAAGAACCGAUUUAAUCCGG